AUGGGUAGAAAUUUGGAUAGGUAUUAUCCUUCGAGGAAUGGAAUCAUAGUCGAUAAAGAAACUCUUUCAGUUUUUUCGGAUCAGAAUCUGUUGGAUGGUUUUAAUGUUGCUAAUAAUUGCGAAAAUCAGAACUUUGUUCAUAUUCCUCCACUUCCCUCUGAUUCAAACUAUAUAGAAGAGAGGGCAUGCAUGUUUCAAGAGUCUGCAGCUCUUCAAGCUGCUGGGAAAUCAUUCUAUAAGGUCAUUGGGGAGAAGUACCCUCCUUUACCUGAUCACCAGACGAAGCCUAAUAUAGAUCGAAACACCAAAAGCCCUGAUGAAAAAUGUGUUGGAGAUUGCAGAAAUUGUUAUGGUAGUGACAUUGCUGGUGAUGGAGACUUAUCAUGCCCAAAUUGGGAUCCUCAUCUUAGUGAGUAUGAUGCAUCCUAUAUAGAAAGUUUUUCUGUGGACCUUGCUUCGCAGUCCACUUCUCAGCCUUCCUACAGCUUGUCGAGUAGCAUUGGUCCCGUGGAUUCACUAGAGAGUACCUUUAGAAUUUCUGAUAUGUUUAGGGAUGGCCAGUCUGUUACGGAGUUUAAAAAGGGAAUUGAGGAGUCAAGUUCCUUCCAACCUAAUGGCAAUGGAUUCUUUACCAAAUGGGGGAGUACUGAGUCAGUUGUGAAGGAUCAAAAGGAAGAGACUAAGGGUGUCACAAUCCAAAUGGAGAAGAAGUAUGAGAAUGAUUGCUCCACUGAUGGAUCAAGGGGAAGGAAGAAUCGUCAUCUUGGAGAUUCAGGGAAAAGUGAAGCUGCUCUUCGUGAAACUUUGCAAAAUGGAACAAGUAAAAUUCUGCCACACAAUGGUCAAUCAAAGGAAUGUAAUGGUGGCAAGGUCCGUGGUAAGAAGGGAGGUAAAAGAGAGGUGGUGGACUUGAGAACUAUGUUGACACUCUGUGCACAAGCGAUACUAGCUUAUUAUUUUGCUGAUGGUCUUGAAGCACGCAUGGUUGGCUCUGGAACCCAGAUAUACAGAGACAUUACUAAGAUGCCAACAUCGGCUGCUGAUCUCUUGAAAGCUUACCAUCUCUUUCUUGCUGCUUGUCCCUUUAGAAAGAUCUCCAAUCUUUUCUCAAACAAGACAAUUAUGAAUGUAGCCAAAAAUGCAACCAGGCUCCACAUUAUUGAUUUUGGUAUUCUUUAUGGUUUCCAGUGGCCUUCCCUCAUUCAACGUCUAUGGUUACAUUCCUUGGAGAGGCGAAUUAUCACAUCACUUAGGCCAUGUUUGUUUCAUGGGUUUAGGUAG